UAUCCUAAAAAAUCAUCAUAAAAAUCCAUCAAAUCAGAAACCUUUAAGAUCUUACAAAAUUUCUAAUCCAAUAAGCCUUCCUAAGUCUUUUUGAAAGCGUCUUUAUCUUAUUUUGUAGGAGUUAAAAAUUAUUAAUGUUAGCCUACUAUAUAAAAGGGACUUAAUUCCUCAUUUCUAAGUCCUGCCACAUGGAUAAAAUAUUGUGAACCAACCAAGAUGCCAUGUCAUCUGGAUUGGACUUGAGUUAAAAAAAAAACUAUUUUCAGAGCCCAUUCGACCCAUCUCGAAGCCCAUUCCCGAACCACUCUCUCGUAAGCAUAAUCCCGUGUUCUAAACAUGUUAAAUUUUUUUAAACACUCAUAUCUUAGAAAUAGUUUAAAAAAUAUCUUUAUAUAAAUAUUUUUUUCUUGAAUAAUAUUUAAUUAUAAUCUUUUGUAUAUUUUUCAGAUAACAACAAAAUAUAUAUAAGAAUUAUCUUAUUUUUCAAAUUUUUGAUUGCUAAAGCAAAAGUUGAAAGCCGUGUAGAAGCAUCAAACACACUCGACUUUUAUGACUUGAGAAGUUGAUGAGGUACAUAUGAUAUUCUAUUCUAUUUAUUUUGCUGAGAAAAGUCGAUGUAUUAUUAGAAUUAGCGCCAAAUCAUAGAAAAGUAUUACGCGUUUUUCCUCUAAUGUUUCUCUAAAAAGGCAAGUGGUUUAUCUUUAAUCACAUGACAUGCAAUGGACCAACCUGCCAACUAGGAAUUAAUAUAUCAUUUUAUCUUUUUUUUUGAAAAAUAUAUAUAUAUAUAUAUAUAUAUUAUAUCAUUUUAUCUUGGGGUCAGAUAAGUUUUCAUUUAUAACGUAACCUGAAUUUUACGCUGGUUUGAAAUAUGUAAAUUUUUAACACAUGUUUUGAUGUCAAUAGAGAAAAGAACAAAGAAAAAUCAAUGAAGACUUUCAAAAUAUGAUUCAUUUGUAGAAUUUUCUUACACAAACAACGCAGACAAGUCUCUUCUACUUCACAUGACUUAUCAUUGUGUAUUAAGUAUAAUAUAUAUACAUGCAUUAGUAAUAACACAACAAGAAUCUCGAUCUUUGUAAGUAUAUAGUAUUUCUUAAAUCAAGUGUUCGUUGGAAAAUGUUCCACUGAAAUAACAGCUUCUUUAUCUUCUUUAGUACAGAUUCUUGGACACACAACUAAGAAAAUGAUGAGAUCCUGUAGAUUUUCUGACACAAGUCAUGUCUUCACUCUUAUGUUCAUCUGUUUCAUCACCCUGUUCUCUUCUUCCGUCCUCGUUCAGGGAAAGAUCCGGCGAUUCAAGUGGGAAGUGAAGUACGAGCUUAAGUCACCAGAUUGUUUUGAGAAGCUAGUCAUUACAAUAAAUGGGCAGUUGCCAGGUCCUACCAUCAAAGCUCAACAAGGUGACACCAUAAUUGUCGAGCUCAAGAAUAGCUUCAUGACUGAAAAUGUUGCUGUCCAUUGGCAUGGAAUCAGACAGGUUGGGACACCAUGGUUUGAUGGAGUGGAAGGUGUUACUCAAUGUCCAAUUCUUCCUGGAGAAAUCUUCACAUACCAGUUCGUCGUUGACAGACCUGGGACAUACAUGUAUCAUUCACACUACGGAAUGCAGAGAGAAUCUGGAUUAAUAGGAAUGAUUCGAGUUUCUCCUCCAAGUACAGAACCUGAACCGUUUACAUACGAUUAUGACCGGAGCCUUUUGUUAACCGAUUGGUAUCACAAAGGCAUGUCCGAGAAAGCGACUGGUUUAGCAUCCAUACCCUUUAAAUGGGUCGGUGAGCCACAGUCGCUUAUGAUACAAGGAAGAGGAAGAUUCAACUGCACAAACAACAUGAUGACUCCUCAGCGCUCGGAAGCUGAAGUAUGUAACGCUUCACACGCUGAUUGUUCACGUUUUGUCCUCAUGGUGAUCCCCGGGAAGACAUACCGGCUUCGAAUCGGUAGCUUGACGUCUCUCUCUGCUCUCAGUUUCCAAAUCGAGGGACAUAACUUGACGGUAGUUGAAGCCGAUGGACACUACGUUGAACCAUUCACUGUGAGGAAUCUCUUCAUAUACUCCGGAGAAACUUAUUCCGUGCUUCUCAAGGCAGAUCAAAACCCUAGCCGGAACUAUUGGAUCACCACAAGCAUCGUUAGCCGUCCAGAGAAAACUCCACCAGCAACCGCUGUACUCAACUACCACCCGAAUCAUCCACGUAAGCAUCCUCCGACGCCGGCAUCCUCCAAUUUUCGGCCAGAAUGGAACGACACGCGCCACCGUCUUGCACAAAGCGUAGCAAUCAAGGCACGUAAAGGAUUCGCACACGCGCCGCCGGAGAAUUCCGACAAAGUGAUUGUGCUCUUGAAUACACAGAACAAAGUUAACGGAUACAUGCGGUGGUCGGUCAACAACGUUUCCUACCAACACCCUACAACGCCAUAUUUAAUCGCAUUAAAGCAUAAUCUCACAAACGCAUUUGACUGGCGUUUCACGCCGCCAGAGAGGUACGAUUCUAAAAGCUACGACAUAUUCGCGGUACCCUCAAACGCUAACGCAACGAUGAGCGACGGGAUCUACCGCUUGAAGUUCAACUCCACCGUGGACGUGGUUUUACAGAACGCUAAUACGAUGAGCGUUAACAAUAGUGAAACGCACCCGUGGCAUUUACACGGUCAUGAUUUUUGGGUGCUUGGGUAUGGUGAAGGGAAAUUUAAUGAAAUGGAGGAUCCCAAAAGGUAUAAUCUGGUCGACCCGAUUAUGAAAAACACGGUUGCGGUACAACCGUAUGGCUGGACCGCUCUGCGUUUUAGAGCGGAUAAUCCUGGCGUUUGGGCGUUUCAUUGCCAUAUUGAGUCGCAUUUUUUCAUGGGAAUGAGGAUUGUGUUCGCGUCUGGGAUCGAUAGGGUUGCUAAUUUGCCUUCUUCUAUCAUGGGUUGUGGUCAGACUAAACGUUUAGUCUGAUGAUAUGUUUUAUUAAUUUUUGUAAUGCCAAAUAGAUGGAAUUUAUGGAAAUGCUUUCUUGAUCUU